CGAUCUCUGUUUCGCAGUAGCAGUCGGUGGGCGCAUGCGCAGCCGCAUCCUCCGCUCCCCCUGCGCUGAGCGCUGACAGCAGGCUGACUGACCGGAGACCGGAGACCGUCGCCGCCGCCGCGGUUGUUGUUGUUGCUGCCGCUUCCGCCGCCGGCUUCCACUCCACGCCGUUUGUCCGGAUACAAACUGACCCCCGAACUGGACUUAAUUUCUGUCACCGGAAACAAAAACAACAGCUACAAAGUGUUUGUGAGGAGGUUUUUUUCUUUUUCGGACACGCCGAGCUUCCUCCUCCUGCCGGUGCUGAGCGGAUCCCGGUGAAGUGAGACUCUGACUGAGAGGCUGACAGCUGAGAGACGUUUGGCUGCAUGAAGAGGCCGAGUGACGGGACCCUGGUCCUCACCUAGACCCCUCCCACGACCCCCCAUUACCUGGACAUGAGGUUGUUCCGAUCCUUUGCAAACGACGACCGCCAUGUCAUGGCCAAGCACGCCAGCAUCUAUCCGGCGCCGGAGGAGCUGGAGGCCGUGCAGACGCUGGUGUCCACCGUGGAGGGAGCCCUCAAGAAAGUCUCUGAUUGGAUGGAUGGCCUCAACAAAUCCUCAGGGAAGACCUCCAUCAGUAACGAGGCUGUGGACAACACAGAAGAGGACGUUGCUGAGACCAAGCCCAGCGGCACCUCGACGCUGUGCGGGGUGACACGCGUCGGCCUGGUGGCCAAAGGCCUGCUGAUCAAAGGGGACAUGGACCUGGAGCUGGUGCUGAUGUGCCGGGACAAACCCACCAAGCUGCUGCUGUACACCAUCAGCGCCAACCUCCCGCUGCAGAUCCAGACAAUGACGGAGGACAAAUACGAGGUGCAGUCGUGCGUGCCCGAGGCAGCCAUCCGGGUCUGCAGCGCCAAAGACCCCCGACUCACUCUGAAGAUCACCCUCUCCUCCUUAACCAUGAGGGAGGAGCGCGGCACCACAGAAGAAGAGGAGGGCCAUCGGGACGACAGCGAGGACAGGCAGCAGGAGGAGAAGCAGGAGGCGGAGGACGUCCUGGACAGGAAGAAGUGCCAGGCCGCGCUGGCUUCGCUCCGACACGCCAAGUGGUUCCAGGCCAGAGUCACAGAUCUCAAGUCUUGCGUCAUCAUCUUGAGGAUUUUCAGAGACAUGUGCAACAGACUGGCCGGGUGGCAGCCUCUCAAAGGAUGGCCUCUGGAGCUGAUCUGUGAAAAGGCCAUCGCCACCUGCAACCGGCCGCUGGGUCCGGGCGAGGCCCUGCGUCGCGUCAUGGAGUGCAUCGCCUCAGGGAUCCUCCUUCCAGGAGGUCCAGGAGUUCACGACCCCUGUGAGAGGGAACCCACAGACGUCCUGUCUGACCUCAGCACCCAGCAGGCGGACGCCAUCACACACAGCGCACAGGUCAGUCCACUUUACCCAUCAGCCCCUCGAGAUGAAAUCAGGAUCUGUCCCCCAACCCGAAGGCAGAGGGAGGCUACCCUCUCGUCCACCGAUGUAAACUCGGAGGGCAAUAAGUACUGCCACCCCGGCCUGGCGUCUCUCACCAAUGACAACUCCAGAGUGGAAGAGAGUCCAACCCCUCUCGAGAAAACUGGUUCCAGAGCCCAAGCCGUGUGUCGAGGUGAGGCCGACUAUGUCUAG